CUCUUAAGUCUCGCGGGUAGGACGCUGGACAACGGCGCCGCUGGUGUAGUGGUAUCAUGCAAGAUUCCCAUUCUUGCGACCCGGGUUCGAUUCCCGGGCGGCGCAAGCGUUAGUUUUAGUUUUCCCCCAUGUCGACUGGACGGACUCGCUGACGACUGCAAUUUCAAAAGAAAACCAGAACCGGGGAAGCACCAAUUCUAGUGCAGCGCGAACGAGACGAUUUCAGAGAACAAGAGCUUUGAAAAUGCCAGAGCGGCCACGGACACCCGGGCGCUGAGCUGAUGGUCACCUGUAAACCAGUGACCCCAACUCACUGCCCAGUCCCCUCGGGUUGGCUGCCGCUCCCGGUGCGACUCCCGCGGCUGCGGGCCCCUUAACGCGCUGCGCGCCUCCUCCUGGGAAUUGUAGUCUUUGGGGGAGGCCGGACCACAGCUCCCGGCAGGGUUCGCAGCGACGGACUACGGCUCCCGGCGGGCCUCGCGGCGACGGAGUACGGCGACCCGCGGGCCGGCUGAGCUGCUGCGAUGCUGGUGGCUGCGGCCGCAGAGCGGAACAAGGAGCCUAUCCUGCGUGUGCUGCGGCAGUACAUGGACCCGGCCCAGCGCGGCGUUCGAGUGCUCGAGGUGGCCUCUGGCUCCGGCCAACACACGGCCCACUUCGCGCGGGCCUUCCCCCACGCCGAGUGGCAGCCGUCCGACGUGGACCAGCGCUGCCUGGACAGCAUCUCGGCCACCACUCAGGCUCAGGGCCUGUCCAACGUGAAGGCCCCGCUGUACCUGGACGUGACCUGGGAUUGGGAGCAUUGGGGCGGGAUCCUUCCCCAGUCGCUGGACCUGCUGCUCUGCAUCAACAUGAUCCACAUCAGCCCCCUCAACUGCACCGAGGGGCUCUUCAGAGCAGCAGGACACCUGCUGAAACCCAAGGCGCUGCUGAUCACCUAUGGGCCUUAUGCCAUCAAUGGGAAGAUCACUCCGCAGAGUAACGUGGACUUUGAUCUCACCCUUAGAUGCAGGAACCCUGAGUGGGGGCUGCGGGACACAGCCCUUCUGGAGGACCUGGGCCAAGCCAGUGGCCUGCUCCUGGAGAGGAUGGUGGACAUGCCAGCCAACAAUAAGUGCCUGAUAUUCCGGAAAGAGUAACUUUCUCCCGCAUGUUUGUGUCUCCACCAAGACCCGUUCUGGAAUAAACCCAGAUGCCAGCCCCUGCCUCCCAGGGCUGGGCCCUGGGGGCUGCCCUUGCCUGGUCUGGGGGCUCUUGGCUGGUGGCCACUGGGCUGCUUAGAACCUGGGAAUAAAGUGUUUCUUGCUGCUCA